GCACCGAAGACGAGUUUCUACUUAAGCUGACUCCAAUAUGGACGCAUAUGUGCGAGAGCAUUGCAGCUUGCUUGCUGCUCAGGAUGGAUGCAAGCUGGACACUCUACACGAAAGACGGGGGCCACUGAACGAGCUUAAAAGGAUUAAUUCCAGUCUGUCUAGCCAUGCAGAGCGUUGCGAAGCUGGCGAGGGAAUCAACAAGACGAUGGACCGCGUUAAUCUAUCCGAAGUAGCUCCCAUAUCAAGCUCUAAGUUGGAAGCCCAUGGAUUGACGCAGAAAGCGAGAUUGAGCCAGUAUAUUCCCGUUCCUGAGUCGACUAUCUCCGUGUGGCACGUAGCCAUGGAGUACUUUUUUCGGUUUCCGUAUAGCGUCGUUUCUCCUAUCGCGGUCGAAAUACAGGCUUUAAUGGCAUUCUUGCAGAGAACCAUGGUCUCUGACGUGGCAUACAAUUCGGAGCGAGGAGUGGAUGCUGUGUUGCGCAGUUGGGAGCGACUAUCGCUCUGGUUUGACGACGUCGCAGUCGGACUCGACGGGUUAGCGAAAGAUCUUGGUGGGACUUUAAUCGCGACUACAACGAUCAGCGUCACCAUCACGGAGCGGACGUUGGAAUACGCAUUCCCACACCUGGUGGAGGGCGAAGACUCUUCACUUGGUCAAAAACUCCUGGACCAACGUCUUGUGAUGGCGGGAUCAACGCGUUUCGAGUGGGACGAGAAGAGUUGUCGCGUGUCAAGUGUGGCGAGUCAAUCUGACAUGCUGACUCCGAUCUUACGUCUGCUCAGUGGACUGGAGGAGGUAUCUCGUGUGUUCGAGAAGGCGUCGAUUUCUCCCGAGUUUCAGUGGAGAGUGACACCAUGAGUCGAUCGUCUCUUGUCGGAACGUGGUCUUAUGCAGGUCGUCUGGCAGGGUAUAGUUGUAUAAAAUGUGUAUUUCAAGUGUGGUUAUGAUAAAUAUGCUUAAAAAUACUGUCGCGACUGGA